CGAAACAACAAAAAUACUGCUACAGUCCACGCGUGCGCACAGAGCACUAUCGGGCAUUGUGGACUGAUGUAGGGUUUUGGUUGUUUUUUGUCUGGAACCGACGAGCUGCUGGAGAACUGGGGCGGAGAAAUUGCUAGCGGGUGCCGAAGAGAUGGACUGACGCAAGACGGGCGCCAGAGGGCGCUGGCUUUGAGCACCUGUGGCCUGGCUGUCAACUCACCAUGUUCCUGGCGCGCCUGACUUCACAGCUGGUCAGGGCUGUUCCCUGGGCAGGUUUCAGUCGUUCCUGGCCUGGCUCCGGGGUGAUCGGCAGCCAUGCUUUUCAACCCCUUUACAGUUUGCAGCCUGCAAGCCUAAGUCGGGCUGCCUCCCUCCCUGGUAAGGGGUCCCAGUUGGAGCUUGAGGAGUUCCUAGUCCCCAGGAAGAUGUCCAUCAGUCCACUAGAGACCUGGUUGACUGCUCGAUACCUAUUGCCCAGACUGAAUGUUGGGGUUCCAAUGACUGUGGUUCCCUCCCACUACUACAAGUGUCCGCCCAGCCAGGAGGAGGAAGCCAAGCAGGGAGUCAGGGACGUCUGGGAUGCCAAUCCAGUGCAGUGCAAAAAUGUGCUGAAGAUCCGAAGACGGAAGAUGAACCACCACAAAUACCGUAAACUGAUCAAGAGGACACGGUUUCAACGGCGUAAAGUCCAGGAAGGACGUCUGAAGAGGAAGCAGAUCAAGUUUGAGAAAGAUUUGAAGCGCAUCUGGCUGAAGGCAGGCCUGAAGGAAGCUCCUGAGAGCUGGCAGGCCCCAAAGAUCUACAUGAAGAACAAAUGAACCUGGGGUCUCAUCCCUUUGGUCCUCUUCCUGCUGCAGACCCAUUAUAAUAAACGUUGGAAAGACUGAGUUA